AUGGCCUCAGAACAAUUGCGUAUCCUCAUUGUCGGCAAUGGUGGCCGUGAGCAUGCUUUCGCCUGGAAGCUGAGCCAAUCUCCCCUCGUCGACAUCGUCUAUGUCGCCCCCGGAAACGGUGGUACCGCUACUGGCUCCAGCAAGAUCGCCAACGCUGAUGUCAAGGGUGAUGAUUACCCUGCAUUGGUUGCUUUUGCUCAGAAGAAUGAUGUGAACUUGGUUGUCCCGGGUCCUGAGGCUCCCCUCGUCGACGGCAUUCAAGGAUACUUCCAGGCCGUUGGUAUCCGAUGCUUCGGUCCUUCCAAGGCUGCUGCCCGCAUGGAGGGCUCCAAGACCUUCUCCAAGGACUUCAUGAAGCGCCACAACAUCCCCACUGCCGAGUUUGGCAACUUCUCCGACUACGAGUCCGCUUGCCGUUACCUCGACUCCGUAUCCCACGACGUUGUUAUCAAGGCCUCAGGAUUGGCUGGUGGUAAGGGUGUUGUUCUCCCCACCACCAAGGAGGAAGCUCACAAGGCCCUUCGGGAGAUGAUGCUGGACCACCAGUUCGGCGAUGCUGGUGAUGAGGUAGUGAUCGAGGAGUGCCUCGAGGGAGACGAAUUGAGCAUUCUCACAUUCAGUGAUGGCUACACCAUUCGCUCUCUGCCCCCUGCGCAAGACCACAAGCGCAUCUUCGAUGGUGACCAGGGUCCCAACACUGGUGGUAUGGGCUGCUACGCCCCCACCCGCAUUGCUCCUAAGGAAGUGCGCGAGGAGAUUGACCGAACCAUCAUCCAGCCCUCAAUUGAUGGCAUGCGUAAGGACGGAUUCCCCUUCGUUGGUAUCCUGUUCACCGGCUUGAUGAUGACCAAGAACGGCCCCAAGGUUCUUGAAUACAAUGUCCGUGGUGGUGAUCCCGAGACCCAGACUCUGCUGCCUCUGCUGAGCAAGGACACCGAUCUUGCCCAGAUCAUGGUCGCCUGUACCGAGCACUGGCUGGAUGGUGUCUCCGUCAAGGUCGAGCCCAACUACUCUACCACUGUCAUUGGUGUCGCCGGUGGCUACCCCGGUUCCUACGCUAAGGGCACCCCCAUCACCCUGGACGCUACAGCUGAGGGCACCAUUAUCUUCCACGCUGGUACCACUCUGUCUGGCAACCAGCUGCAGACUUCCGGCGGUCGUGUCAUUGCUUCUACCGCCACUGCUGCCACUCUUGAGGAGGCUGUUAAGAAGAGCUACGAGGGUAUCUCUACUAUCCACUUCGAUGGCAUGUUCUACCGCAAGGACAUUGCCCACCGUGCUUUCCGCCAGACUGCCGCCGACACCUCCCUUACCUACGCCGCCGCUGGUGUCUCUAUCGAUGCCGGUAACGAGCUCGUGAACCGCAUCAAGGCUUCCGUUGGUCGCACCAAGCGUCCCGGUACUGAUGCCGUCAUCGGUGGUUUCGGAGGUCUCUUCUCUCUGGCCGCUGCCAACCCCGAAUACCACCCCCACGCCCCUACUCUUAUCGGUGCCAUCGAUGGUGUUGGUACCAAGCUUAAGAUUGCCCACACUGUCGGUAUCCACGACACCGUUGGUAUUGAUCUGGUCGCCAUGAACGUGAACGACCUGGUUGUCCAGGGUGCUGAGCCCCUCUUCUUCCUCGACUGCUACUCCUGUGGUCACCUGGACGUUCCUACUGCCGCUGCUUUCGUCACUGGUGUUGCUGACGGUUGUGUGCAAGCCGGCUGUGCCCUGAUCGGUGGUGAGACUGCUGAGAUGCCUGGUCUCUUCGUCGAUGAGACUUACGAUGCCGUUGGUGCUGCCGUUGGUGCUAUCAACACCAGCGGCGAGUACGCCCGCCAGAUCCUCCCUUACACUGAUGCCAUGCGUCCCGGCGAUGUCCUCAUUGCUCUGGGUUCCUCCGGUCCUCACUCUAACGGAUACUCUCUUGUCCGUAAGAUCGUUGAGCGUGCUGGUCUGAGCUAUUCCGACCCCGCUCCCUUCACCAUGCCCGGCCUGGAGGGUGAAGUUUCCCUGGGUCGUGCCCUUCUUACUCCUACUCGUAUCUACGUCAAGUCUAUUCUGAGUGCUCUUGCCGCUCACCCCACCGCCAUUAAGGGUCUUGCCCACAUCACCGGUGGCGGUCUGGUUGAGAACGUUCCUCGCAUGCUGCCCGCUACCCUGACCGCUGACAUUGACGUCCGCACUUGGGCCCAGCCAUCUGUCUUCUCUUGGCUCCAGCGUGCUGGUAACGUUUCCGCUGCUGAGAUGGCUCGCGCUUUCAACUGUGGUGUUGGUAUGAUCAUUGCCGUGGACCCUGCUUCUGCGGAUGCUAUUCGCCAGACCUUUGAGGCUAAGGGCGAGGAUGUUUACACCAUUGGUACUCUCCGUGCCCGUGCUGAGGGUGAGGAGGGCUGCGUUCUUAGCGGUUUGGAGUCCUGGGCAUGA